AGCACCACCCUGUGGCGGAAGGCGAAACAGAUCAUAAUCACCAUGGUAACGGAUCGUGUCUCGUUGGUAACCCUAGAUUUGAGAAACUCUCGCGAGCCGCUUCAAAUUAUUUUCGUCUCGCUGUUUUUAUGACGUGACAACGUUAGGUUAAGACACAAAAACCACUCGGAUAGGGUUAGGGAAAGAUCAUGGUUUGUGUUAAAAUUAUCACUUGAAACGUGGUGUUUGUUUAAGUUACUACUUCAUUGCAAAUCUCGCGAUAGUUUCGCAAUCUAAGGUUAUCAUCCAGACACGACCAUGGCAAUGUCAAUAAAAUAAUACAUCCAUGACCACUACAAAAUGAUUGCUGGCUUGCAAUUACUCACUCCAACGAGCACAGUAAAUGCAGUGUGAUCACAAUAGAUUUGUUAUGCCCUGACUCCAUCACCCGGAGUUAUUCUUUUUAUACAGGUCUAGAUGAAAGAAAACCGUCUGAAAUGCGAAAACGAAAAAAAAACUCUAAUACAAGAUAAAAAAAAAUACUUCUGCAAUUUAAAUAACUGAUUCCAUAGGGUAAAUGUCACCGUGUAAUUACCCUACAUAAGCCACCAAAUUCAAGUCAAAUCCACCUUUGAGUGACUGGAUAUUGUCAUCUUGUUGUACUUUGCUGUCAGUCAGGCAGACUGAUGAGUAAGCCCCGUGUGAGCUCAAACUGCUGCACUGUGGGGAUGGCAGGCUCAUGAGGCUGCACAGCUUUUGUGGCUGUGCAAGUUGUCAUUCAGAAACUUACUGAUGGAGGAUUUGUACUGAAGGCGCAAGUACCUGCAGCAAUGGAAGUCAAAGUGUCUCAGGCUCUUGGUAGCUCCUCAGGAUCAUGUCAUCAGGACAACUGUAUGUUCCUUCCCCUGCUGGAGAGUCAGGCCUCCAGCUCCUCUGGAGCCGACAGGCAUGUUCAUAUCAAUCUCACCCUCAGCCACUCGGUGUCCUGGAGUUCAGGAGCCACAGACACAGAGAGCGACCCACAGUCUGGCAUGCACACCAGCAUCAGCGAGAUCCUAAAGGAGAAAAGCCUGAAGCCGUCUCGCCGCAGCCUGCCGUGCCUGGCCCAGAGUCAGACUCAUCCAAUAAACCUCAACCACUUCCUGUCGGUGCCUCUGAGUCCAGAGCCCAAACCAGAGGUUGAAGGUCUGAGUCAGAGCAUCAGCACUUCCUGCAGCCUCCUCCCCCCACAGACAGCAGAGGAUGGCAAGGAUCACUACGUGGAGGAGUCAGAGGCAACUACAUGUGAAACCAGGGCAGACGAGUCGUUUCUGCUACAAAAGCCUGUCACUCGGGCUAAACUAAAGGCCCGCAUAGAUUCACUUCAGGGAAAGGCUCCAGCUGAUUCAUCUGGACUCUUUUUCCGAGAUGGGAAAAAGCGUAUUGACUACAUCCUGGUUUACAAGAAGUCCAGUCCACAGGUGGAGAAGAGGUGCACCUUUGAGAAGAAUUUGCGUGCUGAGGGACUAAUGCUGGAAAAGGAGCCCUCUUUGACGAACAACGACAUCAUGUUUGUGAAGGUCCAUGCUCCCUGGGAUACUCUUUGCAAAUAUGCAGAGCAGAUGAACAUCCGAAUGCCUUUCAGGAAAAAAUGCUACUUUACAGACUGGAAAAGCAAAACCUUGGGCAGCAGGUUUCAUCUGAGAUGUCGUCAGAUAAAAAGCUGGCUUCCCAGAAAUCCCAUGAAGCUAGACAAAGAGGCCUUGCCUGACCUGGAGGAAACCGACUGCUACACAGCCCCCUUCAGCAGAGCACGCAUGCAUCACUUCACUAUCAACAACAGAGAGAGCUUCUUCUCCAAUUCCACCAGAAGCAGAAUAGUCCAUCAUGUCCUGCAGCGCACUAAGUAUGAGGACGGAAAAUCAAAGAUGGGUAUCAACCGAUUAUUGGGCAACAACACAUAUGAAGCUGCAUUUCCUCCACAUGAGGGCGGGUACAAGAGCAGACAUCCUAUCAAGACGCACGGUGCCGAGAACCACAGGCACCUUCUGUAUGAGCGCUGGGCUCGCUGGGGAAUCUGGUACAAAUACCAGCCUCUGGACCUCAUCAGGCGGUACUUUGGUGAGAAAAUCGGUCUUUACUUUGCGUGGUUGGGCUGGUACACCGGCAUGUUGAUCCCUGCUGCCCUGGUUGGUGUUUUUGUCUUCCUCUAUGGCCUCUUCACCAUGGACUCAAGCCAAGUCAGCAAAGAGAUUUGUGAAGCCAAUACUACCAUCAUGUGUCCAAUGUGUGAGGAAAACUGCGAGCCGUGGACACUGAGUGACAGUUGUGUCUAUGCAAAGGUGACCCGUCUGUUUGACAACGGCGGCACUGUGUUCUUUGCUAUCUUUAUGGCUAUUUGGGCCACAGUAUUCCUUGAGUUCUGGAAACGGAGGAGGGCAGAACUGACUUACGACUGGGAUCUCAUUGAUUGGGAGGAGGAAGAGGAGGAGCUGAGGCCUCAAUUUGAAGCCAAGUACUCCAGGAUGGAGAGAGUCAACCCCAUCUCUGGCAAGCCUGAGCCUUUUCAGCCCUUCUCAGACAAACUCAGCCGGCUCAUGGUGUCUGUGUCCGGAAUAUUCUUCAUGAUUUCCCUUGUUCUGACAGCCGUGUUUGCUGUGGUGGUUUUCCGUCUCAUCGCGAUGGAGAAGUUUGCUUCCUUCAACUGGUAUUUUGUGAGGAAGAACUGGCAGUUUGCCACCUCUGGCACUGGUGUCUGCAUCAACUUUGUGAUCAUCAUGUCUCUCAAUGUGGUGUAUGAAAAGGUGGCUUAUCUGCUGACAAAUUUAGAGCACCCACGGACGGAGUCUGAGUGGGAGAACAGCUUUGCUCUGAAGAUGUUCCUGUUCCAGUUUGUAAAUCUGAACAGUUCCACGUUCUACAUCGCUUUCUUUCUCGGGAGGUUUGCUGGCAGGCCUGGAAAAUACAAUAAACUCUUUAAUCGAUGGAGACUGGAGGAGUGUCACCCGAGCGGCUGUUUGAUUGAUCUGUGCCUGCAAAUGGGAGUCAUCAUGUUCUUCAAACAAAUCUGGAACAACUUCAUGGAGCUCGGUUAUCCUUUGCUGCAGAACUGGUGGUCUCGUAGGAAGAUGAAGAAAGGAGGUGGUGGAGGUCUGAAUGUAGAGAAUAAAAGCCAGCUUCCACAGUGGGACAAAGACUGGAAUCUGCAGCCGAUGAACGCUCACGGGCUGGUGGACGAAUACCUCGAAAUGGUUCUGCAGUUUGGCUUCACCACCAUCUUUGUAGCGGCAUUCCCGUUGGCUCCCCUUCUGGCUCUGCUCAACAACAUCAUUGAGAUUCGUCUUGACGCCUACAAGUUUGUCACUCAGUGGAGGAGACCCAUGCCUGCCCGAGCCACUGACAUAGGUAUCUGGCAUGGGAUUCUCGAAGGUAUCGGCGUGUUGGCAGUCAUCACCAACGCCUUCGUCAUUGCCAUCACCUCAGACUACAUCCCCCGCUUUGUUUACGCCUUCAAAUAUGGUCCAUGUGUAGACAAGGGACACCACCAUCAGGAUAAGUGUUUGCGAGGCUACAUGAACAGCAGCCUGUCUGUGUUUGACAUGGGCGAGUUGAACAGCAACCAGUCUAGAUACUGCAGGUACAGAGACUACAGAGCACCGCCCUGGAGCACGGUGCCCUACGAGUUCACCCUUCAGUUCUGGCACGUCUUGGCUGCCAGGCUGGCCUUCAUCAUUGUAUUUGAGCACCUGGUGUUUGGGAUUAAGUCCUUCAUUGCGUACCUCAUCCCGGACAUGCCAAAGGAUCUCUGCGAUCGUAUGAGGAGGGAAAAGUACCUGAUGCAAGAGAUGAUGUAUGAAGCAGAGCUGGAGCACCUGCAGAAGGAGAGGAAGAAGAACGGACGGCGUUAUCACCACGAGUGGCCUUAGCUUAACCAACACAUCUCCACUACACGCCGCACAGCCCUCAACACACAGGCACUGCCUCCCCUGCCUGCUUAUUUAUGUAUUUUAGCUUUGAGAGUCUAGCUUCACUCAGCUGAUUCUGUACACCAAAGACACCCUCUUCAGUAAUGAGAUCCUCCCCCCCAAACCUGUCUGGCUUCAGCCCAAGCUCUAAUCCUGACCGCUCCCUGGCCAUCUGCUCCACAUCCAGUGUUUCUGCUACUCUUGGAUUCUGACUCUGACCCUUUCCGUCCCAUCCCGCCCCGAUCCCUCACCUGGCUUCACCCAGCAGGUUGCCCUUUGGUCUAUGCUUGUGUCAUGGCUUCACUGGGGAAACGUGUGCAAUUGUAAUGUUUACUAUGCAGAUCAAGGGCUGCAGAUUACCACUCACCUUCGUCACCCAUCCUGCACUCUGUGUGGCAGCUAGCACUCUGCUUUGACUCUCCAGUCUGAUGCAGCUCGCAGCAUGGCCAUGUUUAUUCUCCUAUGAGCAUCAGCAGAGACACUGUUUUAACGGUUAUGUGACAGAGCUACUGUACUGUGACUUUUAAUAGCGUUUCUCGUUGCAAAAGUGAUUCUGGUGAUGUGGCUACCAAAUACAACAGACAGUGUUCACGCAAAGCGACUGUAUAUUGCCCUCGAAGCAUGCUGAUUAAUAUUUGCAGCCAUUUUGUAGACUGCAAAGAAAAAAAAAACAAAUGAAAACAACAGCACUCAUUAUGGAGGAUGUUAGCAUCCAUUCAGUACAUUUGACAAAGAAUUCUCUGUGAAACCAUAUAAAGUGCAUGGUAAUAUUGUUUUGUACCUUUUGAUAGAAAAAGACCCCGUCUUGAUGCCUGGUUCACGUGUGUCUGUACUCAGUGUGAGCUGUGUGUUAAUCUGUCUGUGAUACUGCUGAGCUUGACUGUCCUGAGUUGAGGAAAUGUGAACUUAGUUGCGAUUUGAUUGUGCCUACAGUUGUGCCCACCACAAUUGUGUCACCAACAUCACGUGUGCCUGUUUGUGCUGCACGUGCUUUUUCAAGUGCAAGAAAUAUUCUCUCUCCUUGUCCUGUUGUCUGAUCUGCUGUAAACUCUCUGAACUCUCCUGUACGGAUUUGUUUUGGAUGUGAGUCACACCGCAGUACCUACUCCGGUCUCAGCUAAUGGCCCUGAAACACGUCGACGGUAUAUGUUGUAACGUGACUCCCAUCAUGAACAAUGUAUACACUCGCACGCAGGAGCCGCAAAUCUGCUCUUCCGUUCUGCGCUCGCAGCCUGUUUUUCAUUUGCUGUUGGAAGCUCUGAAGCGUGGUUGAAACUUGGAUCACUUAGACAUACCUGUGGCUUGGAUGUUCAGUUUGCAAAGAACAUCCAUCCACUGUUCCUCAGUCACAGAGCACAUUAACAUAGUCACACUUCACUUCUAGUCCUUUAGCACACAGCAGUCAGAUGCGGUUUCGGCUGCAUUCUGACCUUUGUCGGUGUAAAAUUGAGAAUUUUGGUUGCAGAGCCGAGACAUUGCCUUUCAUUGUGGCCAGUUCUGAUGUCGUGGAUUAGAGCAGCAUGUUUUUUUGCCCAAUGAGAACUCAGGAAAACAGGCAGCAUGAGCGACGCAUCCAUCUGUGAGGCCGAGUCAGAACCAUUUCCUGUUCCAUUCAUGUUGAGAUGGAGAGUUAUGGAGUGUGUAGAGUGAAAAGUGUUGAUGAGGCGGUUUUGGUGGGUGAUGAUGAGAACGUUAAUGUUGGUACAGGUCAUGUUGAUCAUAUGAUGGUAAAUAAGAUUCCAAGUUAACCAUAUUAUGCACAUUAAGUGUGAAAGUUAGACGAAUCUAACAAAUGAAGGUGAAGAAUAUCACUGUCCUGAAUGCAUUGCACAACACUGAAUAACUUAUUCUACAUUUUACAUAAUUUAAAAUGUGUUGACUGAUUUAUUGAUUUCUUUUGCUGUUCUUGUAUAUACAUUUAAAGUGAUGUUUUUGAUACUUUUUA